CAACGUUCCCUCGACCCUCGUGAUUUGGCCGCCGCGUGACCCCCUUUCGUACACUUGCCACCAUGGCGGUAGGAUUUCUCCCCGCCCUGCUGUGUGUGUUGGUUGUCCCGCCCGGGGUACUGACCACCCCGCUGGACGACUACGUCAACAAGCCGGACCCGCACUACUCCUACCACGAGGUGUUGGAAUGGCGUCUGAAGGGUCCCGGCUACACCAUGUACCUCCUCAACAUGACAUCACAACAGUGGCUCACAGAGGAUGAAGUUGAUCACCCGAUCUGGUGGCACCUCCUGAUCGUCACUGUCCCAGACAACAUCACCCACCCUGAGUCCGCAUUUCAGUUUAUAGCGAAUGAAGAUAACACAAACAGUCUUCCCCCCCAUAAUGACGAAUUCAUCACGCUGACUCAAAUGUUUGCGAUAUCAACAGGAAGUGUCGGCGCCCUCCUGUAUCAGGUACCCAACCAGCCAAUCGUCUUUAAGAGCGAUCCUCUACAAAAGCGUCGAUAUGAAGAUGACAUCAUCGCGUUCACGUGGAAACACUUUCUGGACAACCCGGACCAGCCCGAGUGGCUGCUCAGGAACCCUAUGACAAAGGCAGCAGUGCGGGCCAUGGACACAGUGCAAGAUUUUGUGAAGAGAAUGACGGGGAAUCAGCCAGAGAAGUUUAUGGUGGCAGGGGAAUCAAAGCGCGGUUGGACCACGUGGACCACUGGUGCGGUAGACAAGAGAGUGUUUGCGAUAGCUCCAAUAGUCAUGGAUCUCCUGAAUAUACAAAAGAAUCUGCACCACUUUUACCGAGCGCUGGGAGGCUGGACAUGGGCCUUUGGAGGCUACUAUGACCUCAACAUUACGGAAAGACUUGAUGACCCAAAUAUAGAAAAGAUGGCAGCCAUCAUUGACCCAAUCGCAUACAAGGAUCGUCUGACGAUGCCAAAGUACAUCAUUGGGACAGGAGGAGACGAGUUCUUCAUGCCGGACGAUUCUUACUACUACUGGGACCAGCUGGAAGGAGAAAAAUAUAGAAGAUGGAUACCAAAUGCUGAGCAUGAAUUAUACGGCCAUGAUAUCAGCCUGUUUGCUGGAAUGCGGGCGUUUUUCCUCAGCAUAGUGGAGGGUGCAAAAAGCGGGACGAUAACACUGCAGACUAACACGGAACCUAUAACCAUCCGGUCAUUCCACGCUCGCACACUCGAUGGUGAAAGACGUGACUUUCGUCUGGUAAAUCAACCCCCAGGAGCUGAGAGUCCACAGCCACAUCCCGUCAUCUGGCUACCAGGGGACGUACAACAAAUGGGAAAUGGGACGUACGUUGCGGAGUUUGAUAUCCCCGCUGUCGGGUGGCUCGCGUUCUUUAUCCAGGCCACGUUCCCGGCUCCCCAUGGAACUGCUCUGGAGUUCACCACCGAGGUGCACAUCAUCCCGGAAACAUUCCCCUUCCCAGACUGCACCGGGGCUGCCUGCAGGGGGACUCUAGUUUAAAUUUGUCAGACGGAUUCAUCUAUUUCUGAAAACGUUUCAUGUUUUGACACAUGCCUUGAAACAUGUUGUGU